AUGCGAGUUCUCGACACAGAAACCGGCCAGUUCGUAGAGAUCGACCAUCUAACAACGAAGUACGCGAUCUUGUCGCAUACCUGGGACCAUCAGAAUGGAGAGCAGACGUACGCAGAGCUGAAGAGGAUCCAGGAUCGCUACAUCCUGCGACCUGGGGCACGUCCUCAGAACAAUGCUCUCCAUCGACAGGACAAUUCGUUCUCUGCUGCCACCUCCCCAGACAGCCCAUCCUCUCCAACCCCAGCUACUAGCUGCGCUCCGUUCCCCGCAGCCCGAGAGGCUGCUUCUACGACAACACUUCCGAACGAGCGUACGGCGCUCCUCGCUGGUGGUGUCGGCCAGACGGAGGGACGACUUGAAGACAAUGCUUACCAUCACGAUGCCCCACAGUCGCGCCUAAGCGGCCCUUGGCAAAGGCUUCUGCAAUUCCUCCGUCUCAUCAUCCGUUCCGCAGCGCGCGUCGUCAAACUACUGGGAGAUGGCCCGCCAGCCGACUCGAUAUCAACUGCUCCGGAGCCAGUCCUCGCCCCUGUUGUCGUCCACGACACCUCGGCUCCUCCUGUUGAGGAGUCCUCCUCACCUCCGCCGGCUUCGUCUCCCACUAGCCCUGUCCCGGAUGUUCCUACGUGCAUAUGGGACGACCCGGAGCUGUCGCCGAAAAUCAAGAUGGCGUGUGCGGUCGCACGCGAGGCAGGCUACUGGUACAUUUGGAUAGACUCGUGUUGCAUCGACAAGGCGAGCAGCUCCGAGCUCUCCGAGGCGAUCAAUUCGAUGUAUAUGUGGUAUGGGGACUCGACCAUCUGCUACGCCUACCUUGCCGAUGUCCCCCCUGGCGAGACGCCUCAUUCUGAGCAAUCCUCUUUUCGCAAGAGCCGAUGGUUCACACGCGGAUGGACACUCCAGGAGCUCAUCGCACCCGGUCGAUUGAUCUUCCUCUCCGCUGACUGGGAAACCAUUGGGUCUAAGGACGAUCUUGUCGAUGUGCUUGAGGAGACGACGGGCGUCGAUCGAGACGCCCUACUGUUCAGGACAGAGCUAGACCAAUUCUCCAUUGCCCGACGCUUUUCGUGGGCAACAGGGCGACGGACGGAGAGGGUGGAAGACCAAGCAUACGCGUUGAUGGGAAUCUUUGACAUCAAUAUGCCCACCCUCUACGGCGAGGGUGAGCGUGCAUUUCGACGGCUACAGGAGGAGAUCAUGCGACGUACACCCGACCAGAGCCUCUUGGCUUGGGGCGGUGUCUGGAAGCACUCCUCUGAUGUCAAUGAAGCGCUCGACGAUGUCCCUUUUGUACCCAAACCCAAGAGAUAUCACAUUGCGGACGACUCUUCGUUUACUGCUUCCCUCAAUAAGUUCGAGGAUGCCAGUACCAUCAGGAGUAUCCCCCACCACGAUGUUUGCCGCCGUCUGCAUCUGUUAGAUCUUCCCCCGACCGACUAUACCUUCACAUCGUGCGGCAUCCGUACGCAGCUACCCGUCGUACCCUUCUCUGCCAUCAUUCAUCCGGACGCAACACCCGUUCCCCAUGGUGACAGCGAUACUGUGUCCCACUGGUACCUGGCUAUGCUUGGCUGCGAAGAUGAUCGUUAUCCUGAGCAUCUUCUUGGGAGAGUAAUCGAGUACAGGGAUGAGGUCAAUGACGCCAACGCGGAGUGGCCACUAGACAUCUGGAGAACGGUGAAGACGGCGAUUCGCUUUGAUGGGGCUGGAUUGGAUUCUUUUGCGAAGCUCGUCUCGGCCUUCGUUACACAAUUUUAA